AUGGAAAGCGUGGACGCGGCGCUGCGAUACCUGCAGCGGCAGUUUGCCAGCGUUGCGAGUGAAGAGGCGCAUUGGAAUGAAGAGCGUCAGAAACUACAGGCGCAAUUACGGGAGCUCGAGGAACAGCGGGGCGAGCAGGAACAGGCAUACAAAGACGCCAUGUUACGCGUCAAGAUGCUCGAGUUUGCUUUAAGACAAGAGCGCGGGCGGUACUUGGACUCGCCCGCGGCGGUGCAAACCACAGGCACUUUGCACACCAAUCCACACGUGGAGAGCGCCGAGGUGUCACGAGGCGUGACGGUCUCGCGCUCGAUAGAGCGUGUUAAGUCGGGGCGGACAAUUGAGCAGCCGUCACCGGCGCUGUCGCCUGAGAUCAGUCCAAAGGCGCACAGUAACAAUAGCAGUAGUACUAAUGGUCGAUCGGAGAGCAGAGACAAGCCCGUGGCAGGGUCGGGGAGUACGCCCGUGCAGGGCAAAGGCUUGGAGAUCUCGCGCCCUCGAAUGAUGUGUCGGACUGCAUCAGGGCGAGAAGUCGAGCGCGAGGCGACCCGAAGCGCGUCAGGCAUUGAAGUCGAGCGAGAGACGAGCCGGUCUGUGACGGGGUCGGGUCGCGACGGCGAGAGGGAAUUUAAUCGGUCGGCGUCAGGACGAGAAGUAGAGCGCGUGGAACGAACGGGCGAUACAGGAAAGCUGGCAAAGCCGGCUGUGAUUGCGUUUGCACCUAAAGGGUCUUGCGUGCCGCACAAACUGAAGCUAAAGCUGUCGGGACACAUGGACGGAGUACGGGCACUUGCCUUCCAUCCGACAGAACCGCUUUUGGUGUCAGGCAGUGAAGACUGUACGGUGAAGGUGUGGAAGCUGUUGAAUGUGGGAAAUGGCCCACCACUGCAGCGUGCAACCGAAGUGGAUUCGCUCGUGACGAUGCGGGUCCAUACGAAGAGCGUGCUGGCUCUAGCUGUGUUUAGCGCUGAGACCUACCCGGACUGUUCGCCUGGACAGAUAGGUGCAUUCGCAUCCGCUGGGCGUGACGGCACACUAAAUCUGUUCCAGUUACAAAGCACCGAUACGGAAAAGCCCGAACCGUACACGUACGCGGAGUACGAAAGUAUGAAGAUACAUUCGAUCAAGAAAGCACAUGACGAUGCUAUCUGGGACCUGCAUGCGCACCCGCUGUCGAACACGUUGUUCUCAGCAGGAGCGGACGGCGUGGUCCGAACUUGGGGAGUUGCAUCAGAGCUGACACUGAAGGGUGAACUACGGUGCCCCUCCAAGACCAACACGAACGGCACGGGUCCAAGCAUCAGUGGCUCUUUGGUGCCCACGUCAGUGAAUUCGAUGCUGACAGAUUCGAAAACAUCCGUUGUCGGAUACACAAAUGGGUCAAUUGCCCAGUUUGACUACGCAGCUGAACGCAUUAUACAGCUUACACGAGCGAUCGACGUCGACACUGUUGGAAGAGGGGGUCAGGUGAAUAAGCUGAUCGUACACCCAACCAUGCCGAUCGCGAUUGCGGCACAUCAAGACAGAAAAAUUCGAAUGUAUGACAUGCGGGCCGGCGAUUGCGUUGGCUCUUUGACCGCUCACCAGGACUCGGUCACGUCUCUUUCAAUAGAUGCAGCAGGACUGUACAUCGCGUCUGGAGGUCACGACGGUUCAUUGCGUGUCUGGUCAGUUGCAGACCGUCACUGUGUCUUUGAGCAACCAGUGCACCGGCCAAAGAUGACCGAAGCAAUGCAUGCAGUAACUUACCACCCGUCGCGCAAUUAUAUCGCCACAGGCGGUGCAGACAGUACAAUAAAGAUCUUUCAGUAA